CUAAUGUGCUGGGGAAGGGGGGAACACUCUUGAGUCUUAAGCUACCGAGUCUGCUCUUUCGUCUUUCUUCUUUUCUUCCCCUCCUCAUUCUCUUUCUCGACUUGUGGGGAAUCAAAUAUUGGUUUUUGAUGAUACCUUUUCCGGCAUCAUAUUAUUAUCAUGGAUUACUUCAAAGCCCCGAACCCCGGACAAUCAGCCUACUUUAGUCCACUCGCCCCAAACGAUCCCCACGAAGGCCGAGCACCGGGCUACUCACGCUACAGCCAUGACUACCCUCACGACACUCCUACCCGGCCCUCGCCCGCUGGGCACCCGGAGUCCCACGAAAUGAUGUUUAGCCCGGGAGGCUAUUCUCCCGACGGCCUGCAGACAAAGUACUCCUUUCUGCCGAGGGGACACCAGCAGAUGCUCGGAAGGAACUACUCUGCUUCGAGUCAGAAGUGGAAGUUGCUCGCCAAGGUUACGGCGAGGUUUAUUGUUAGCUUUGCAGCGUGUGCGGGCCUGAUUGCGGCGUUUAAGGUUUACGAAGAUAAGAAGGUGCUUUCGAGGAUAGAGAAGAGAGUUUUCAACGCUAUAUAUGUUGGCAUCUCAUUGAUUUUGAGUAUGAAUAUAAUUUCAUCGUUUAAAGCUAUGGCUAGCGUGAUGAGGUGGAAGAUCCUGGCUGCGGGAACGUUCAGGCUUAGAGAGGUCGACCUCGUUCUCGAUCUCUCCAGCUUUCAAAGUGUCUGGGAGUUAAUGCGGAUUUCUGUCGGACGGCCAGCCCGAAGCCUUGCUUGCUUCGCUUGGAUAUUACUGGGAGUUGCGGUGCAAAUUGGAGUCGCCUUGUUGGGUCUAUCCUACAAUAUGGAGAACGAUGGCGUCGUACAGUUGACCAAUGGCCUUGUCAACAUCACAGAUAUGAGGUCCAUUUUCCCGGCCUUCCAUAUGGAUACGAGCGUAGAGCCAGAUUAUGGUGUACAACAGUCUACGGCCCAUUUAUACGGAGAUAUGGCGACCUUUUUUCCAUAUGCAGUGCCUGGUUCGCCCGAGUACGAAGAUUAUACUCUCCUAGAGCUGCUGGGCGAGGAAUCUACAGAAUGGAGAUACUAUUUCCGAGAGACCUAUUAUACGGAAAAGCCGGGGGCAGCCGGUUUGCCAACAACCAAGACGAACCGCUCCGUGACGGUCACGCCGUAUUGCGAAUACUACCCGAUUGUGGAGGGACAAUUUGCCGGUGUGAACGAUACGAACGUGACAAUCUCUAUUGGAAACAGAAAUGUGACGAUAGAUUGGAUGGAGGAUUGGGGUACCGCUGCAACAACCUAUGUAAACCCUGGCGGAUUCGUCUCCGACACAGAGGGCUGCGGCCCACGAUGCAGUCGUGUCUACAUAUUCCAAUGGGUGGAUGAGAAAUGGGACCCUCCCUCCGAAACCGGCUCCUUCUUCAACUGCACCAUCAACAUCUCCCAGGUGGAGAAUGCGAAUCCCCUCCAACCCUUCCAUAGCAUGCCUGACCUGACCGCAGAGAUGGCUGCUGGCGCCAUCGGCCUCGAAGGAUUUGUUGACGACUCUGAACGCCAGUUCGUUCGAUACACGAGUGCUGCCUCAUGGUGGGGACAGAGGAUGAAGUCGACUGAUAUCGCAGCGGUGCUCGUGGGGAAGUUUGCCGUAGGGGUUAUUGCCGCCUAUGAUUUUUACGGGCCGAAGAUUGAAGCGAUGGGUUUGCAGUCGAGACCUGGUAUCAGUUUGUCUGUGAAUUGGCUCUACGUGAGCUUGACGUUGGGGUCUAUUCUUUUUGCACAGUUCGUAUGCGGGAUAUUUGUCGUUUACUCUGCCAAUUCUGUGUUCUGCAAGGACGAUUCUUACCUUUCUACUGCGAGGUUGCUUAGACCACUCGUUGAGCGACUUGGGAACUCCGGUUCCACCUCUACAGGUUUCGAAAUUUCGCAGACCUUCACUCGGUCCGUACGCUACGGCGUUCGUUCAGACCUCUCAACUGGGCAGCCGAUACAUCACCUGGAUGUUGGCGAGGAUAUAAUGAGGGUGCCGAGGUUUCCGGAGGGACAUUAUAAUUAGUUUUGGAUUCUUGCUUUAGUUUCCUUCUUUCGUUGCUUGCUCAGUGCAUUCAUGCUGGAUGGUGUUUUGGUUGGCUUUUAUAUCCCUUCUUUCGCAUAUAUUAGGUGUUACAACUUUUCUCUUAUCUCUCUUUCUGUCGGAUAUAUGGUGAAAGAUUACGGAUGGAUAAUGAAAAUGCCUGGGCACGAGUUGUGAUUCUGGAGCUGGGGGCUAGAUGUGCUGUGAGGAAGUGAUUGGAUUGUAAAAUGUUAUCAAUCGCUCUCGAGAAA